GUGUGGCUAACUCCUUGUCAAACUCUGUCCACUAACACUAGAACAGAACGAACGAAGGAAAAAACAUUAGGUGGGACCAUUAAUUGAUGUAGAGGCAGUAACUGUAGAUUCUGAUGAGAUCACAAUAAUAAAGCAUGCAGUCGCUCGAAUUUUGGUGUUUUAGUGUUUGAUUGGGGAGCCUCGGCGUAACUGGUAAAGUUGCUGCUACGUGACCAGGAGGUGACGGGUUCGAGCCGUGGAAACAACCUCUCGCAGAAAUGCAACAACAUGGGGAAGAAUGAAAGUUGGCUGAAUGUGUUUUUAAGACAUCUGGCGACGUGGCAUUGAGAAUAUAGGGGAUCACCGAGAGAGGCUACUUUCUUUAGAUUUUGAAGAUGCCUCUGAUUCAUCUCCUGAUGUCCUAGCCCAUCCGUGGACAAUCAACACGAAGUAUUAUGAUGCAGAUGUUUCUGUGUGGAUGGCCCACCUUCAUGAGGACUUCUCAGCUGGUGCACUGCCUGCAGUUGACCAGCUGGUCGCAUUGGUUAUGGUCUUCGACGUUAGUAAUCUUUUAUCUUUUGUAGCGCUUAAAGAUUGGGUAUCCCGCAAUGAUAUCCAUAAAUUUGAGAUUUUGUUAUGCAUUGGCAACAAAGUGGACCUUUUUCCUGGUCACGCAGCUCACAUAGAAUACAGAAGACACCUGUUAAAAUGUGCAGAAUCGUCUGGCAGUCAUACGGAAUUAGAUUCUGGAAUAUCUGAGGCAGAAGGAAGCAGUCUAUUAGGAGAUGAUGCUUUAUCAUCGGAUAUCAAGAGGUCCUGCUUGGAUUGGUGCAUCGAACACAACAUAGAAUAUGUUGAAGCCUGUGCAGCAAAUGCUGAUUUUGAUAAAAGUCUAUCUGUGGAUGGUGAUUCCCAGGGUGUUGAGCGGCUCUAUGGGGCUCUUUCAGCUUUUAUGUGGCCUGGAAUGAUCUUGAAGUCGAGUGAUAAGAUAAAUGAACCUUCAUUACCUGAACAGCAAGAGCUGUCAGAUGAAGAUUCUGACUAUGAACUUGAAUACGAAAUCUUAUCUACUGGCUCAGCGGAUCCCUGGGAUAACAGAGAUGUCGCAUGGGUAUCUGCAGAUGGUCAAAUUGAAACCACAGGUCGUGAGGAAUCAGUUGGAUAUGAUCCUGAUGAUGAGGGUCCCAGUGGAAAGAGUGACAUCAGGGGAAAUGGAGGAGAAUUGCAACUCUCGUCUUCAGCAUCGCAGUUGAAAGGCAAUGUUGACACAGAAGAAAUUCCCAGAGCAGAUGCAGCUGUAGGCGAAUCAGAAGCUGAUAAAGGAACAGCAUUUGAUUUUGAGGAUCUGGAACAGUUGAUGUCCGAGAUUGGAAACAUUCGAGCCAGCUUAAGGUUAAUGCCCAACUCCCAUAGGAGGGAAAUGGCUGCAAAUUUGGCAAUGAAAAUGGCUGCUAUGUUUGGUGAUAGCAGUGGAGAUGAAGGAGGAUUUGAUUAAUCAGAGAAGCUGUUUUUGUUUUCCAUAUGACCCUAGUGGUGCACUAAAUUCAUGAACCAUCUAACAAAUAUGUUACCUUGUUGGAGAUAUAAGUAGAUAAAUAAAAUUGUGUUCCUUCUAACAA